ACACAAUCAGGACAGUUUGAGACCUGAGACUGGUGGGGUUCUCCCGGAAUGUCCCUGCAGCACAAAGGUGGCAUUAAAUGAUAGGGACGGAUGGACAGACGGAUGGAUGGAGGGAAAAACUGCCUAGAUCUCAAAAGAGCAGCGUGUGCUGGUGCUGAAUUUGGACCCAUACGAGCUCAGAUGAGGGUUUUGUCACCUCCAGUCAGCACGAUGACAAGGAGGGGAAGUGAACCUCGAGGAUGGGAUGCACCCUCCUGCUAGAAAUAAUAGCUAAGAUGUUUUUGCCCAUAGGAAACAGGGCCAAAAAGCAGACACAGGUCCUAUCGCCUGCGCUCCCUUAUGCAGGAGCUUGGCAGGAUGGGCACUCAGCAAAAAACCCAAGCAGGGUUUGAGCAAAAAGUCCCUCUUUUCACACAGCAGAAGCCAAUCUGCAGCCUGUGCUACGCGUGCACAUUUAAUCAUCUUAUUUUCAAAAUACCAAAAGCAAUUAGGCGUUAUUAUGGAACCAUCACUUGCCAAUUUUUUUUUUUUUUAAGUCGAAGCUACAGAAUUUCCUGGAAUUCUUGAUCUCUUUUCAUGCCAAAUUCAGAAGGGGGAAAAAUAAAGGCCUUGACAAUUCUCCUCUUCCCUUCCUAAACAGCUAUAAACAUCUCUGCUUCAAGGCCAAAACAUCCUGGAGCCGUUCUGCUCUACCUGGAGCCAUGCAGGCAGUGCAACCAGGAGCUCUUUGCCUCCCACUGCCAUCCCAGCAAGCUCCCCUCCUUCCACCUGAAACCCCUCCAUCUUUGCACCCAUGCUUCAACAUCAGCCACUUCUGACAUCAUCCAGGCUUGCAGAAACCAUUUUGCCAGCCAUGGUGCUCACAUGGUAAAUUCAGCAGCAGCAGCAAGGAAAACCAGCAGAUUCUGACAUCACCUCUCCAAAAGGAAACAAGGCUUUCAGAACGCGCGCUUCACCACCCCAAUUUCACGCUCUUCCUUUGGAUUGCACCCACAGUGAUGUCUUUACAGAUGGGGAGAUGGGGGGGUGAAGCCCCACUUGGUGCUGCCAUCCCCCCCAAAUCCUGCUUAUUGCUGCCAUUUCUUUCCCCUUCACACAGGAGGGGCAGCUCCAGCAGAACGCGCUCUAUUGGCACGGCUGGCAGCAAAUGCAACCCGUGCUGCCCGGACACCAGAGCUGGGGCUCAACUUGAAGGCUGAGCCAAAGGUUGGUUCUCAAGGCCACUCUUUGAAGGCUCCUGAGGAUUCUUCCCAGUUGUUUUGCUAUUUCUGUCCACUGCCCUUGUUUGCAUUUCGUACGACGCAGGCAAAAAAAACGUGCCAUGCUCUUGCAGUGGGGAAGGGACCGGCUUUGCCUUUUUUUGGAAGCUGUAUUUUUUGCAAAAUUCUUUCCCCAAAUCUUUUGUUUCGCCGAGGCAGCUGGAAAGUUGAGUCUCCCUCCUUGCUUAAAAAAGAGAUUUUCCUCCCCCCUGUCUCUUUCUCUUUCAGAGGCAAAGUGGAAAACAUUGUUCCAUGAGCCAUGGAAGCAAUGAAGCUGUGUUUCCUACAGAUGCGUGCAGCAGGAGCUGUGCUGGGGAGACUCUCUGGUGUCUAAUAAGGGGCUGUGCCCAUGCUGUGGUGUUUCUCCUCACCGUGGCCAGCUGUCCCACCCAUCUCUGUUCACAAAACUUAAAGGAAAUCCCUCCUUCCUAAAACCUACAGCGCUGAAAACGCAAGGGAAAACGACCUCUUCUCACUUAAAAGCCCAUUUCAACUGAGUUUCUUCACCUGAAAAAAACGCCAAAGGAUAAAACCAGGGUGAGGACAUCACCUCACAAAGGAAAAAGACAAAUAAAGCCUUUUCCUGGUUUGGUGGCUGCUGACACCCUGUUCAGGAGCGGGUUUUAACCCGAGGAGGGUGGGAGAGCAGCAGGAAACCCUUAGCAUGUGAGAGGAAGCGAUGCUCGGCCAGGAUGCAGCCGACUUCCCUUAAAGGAGGGUGGCUGCAAUUUAAGCAACUCCUGACUUUGGGGAAGGAUGGAAACGAUCAGGACACGGCGCCCCUGCACCUCCUGCAGCAACGGAACUGGGAAGCAAAGCAGGAGCCAGCCACACAGCCAGGGAAAGCAGAGGAUGCGCUGCCUGACCUGGAGCAUCCCCACAGCCCUGCCCCGUCCCCGUCCCUCACCAGGAGCUGGCACAUCAGCUGGGCUUCGGGAAACGAGAAGCGACAGCGAGGAGCAAAGCCGGCGUGAUCCGCAGCCGGGCGCGCACGUGGCACUCAGCGUGCCUGUCUGAGGCCUCGGCCGGGCCCUGCGAUUAAGGACCCCCCCCCCUUUUCUCCCCCUCACUGCAGUCAGAGAGAUUUUCUCAGACUUAAAAGCUUGCAGCAGUCAGGACUGAGGCUAGGCAGGGAGCGGAGGGGCUCAAACCCCUCCUGCUGCACUGAGUGCCUCAUCCCAAGAGCUUGGCUUCACUGCUGCCAACCCCGAAUCCCUGUGCCAUGCAAGGCUCCGCUGCCACCAGAUCUGAAUCCCUGUGCCAUGCAAGGCUUCACUGCUGCAAGCUGAAUCCCUGUGCCAUGCAAAGCCCCACUGCCACCAGAUCUGAAUCCCUGUGCCAUGCAAGGCUCCACUGCUGCAAGCUGAGUCCCUGUGCCAUGCAAAGUCCCACUGCCACCAGAUCUGAAUCCCUGUGCCAUGCAAGGCUCCACUGCUGCAAGCUGAAUCCCUGUGCCAUGCAAAGCCCCACUGCCACCAGAUCUGAAUCCCUGUGCCAUGCAAGGCUCCACUGCUGCAAGCUGAAUCCCUGUGCCAUGCAAAGCCCCACUGCCACCAGAUCUGAAUCCCUGUGCCAUGCAAGGCUUCACUGCUGCAAGCUGAAUCCCUGUGCCAUGCAAAGCCCCACUGCCACCAGAUCUGAAUCCCUGUGCCAUGCAAGGCUUCACUGCUGCAAGCUGAAUCCCUGUGCCAUGCAAAGCCCCACUGCCACCAGAUCUGAAUCCCUGUGCCAUGCAAGGCUCCACUGCUGUCUGCUGAGUCCCUGUGCCAUGCAAAGCCCCACUGCCACCAGAUCUGAAUCCCUGUGCCAUGCAAGGCUCCACUGCUGUCUGCUGAAUCCCUGUGCCGUGCAAAGCCCCACUGCCACCAGAUCUGAAUCCCUGUGCCAUGCAAGGCUUCACUGCUGCAAGCUGAGUCCCUGUGCCAUGCAAAGCCCCACUGCCACCAGAUCUGAAUCCCUGUGCCAUGCAAGGCUCCACUGCUGUCUGCUGAGUCCCUGCACCGUGCAAAGCCCCACUGCCACCAGAUCUGAAUCCCUGUGCCAUGCAAGGCUCCACUGCUGCAAGCUGAGUCCCUGUGCCAUGCAAAGUCCCACUGCCACCAGAUCUGAAUCCCUGUGCCAUGCAAGGCUCCACUGCUGCAAGCUGAAUCCCUGUGCCAUGCAAAGCCCCACUGCCACCAGAUCUGAAUCCCUGUGCCAUGCAAGGCUCCACUGCUGUCUGCUGAGUCCCUGCACCGUGCAAAGCCCCACUGCCACCAGAUCUGAAUCCCUGUGCCAUGCAAGGCUCCACUGCUGCAAGCUGAAUCCCUGUGCUAUGCAAAGCCCCACUGCCACCAGAUCUGAAUCCCUGUGCCAUGCAAGGCUCCACUGCUGCAAGCUGAGUCCCUGUGCCAUGCAAAGUCCCACUGCCACCAGAUCUGAAUCCCUGUGCCAUGCAAGGCUUCACUGCUGCAAGCUGAAUCCCUGUGCCAUGCAAAGCCCCACUGCCACCAGAUCUGAAUCCCUGUGCCAUGCAAGGCUCCACUGCUGUCUGCUGAGUCCCUGUGCCAUGCAAAGCCCCACUGCCACCAGAUCUGAAUCCCUGUGCCAUGCAAGGCUCCACUGCUGUCUGCUGAAUCCCUGUGCCGUGCAAAGCCCCACUGCCACCAGAUCUGAAUCCCUGUGCCAUGCAAGGCUUCACUGCUGCAAGCUGAGUCCCUGUGCCAUGCAAAGCCCCACUGCCACCAGAUCUGAAUCCCUGUGCCAUGCAAGGCUCCACUGCUGUCUGCUGAGUCCCUGCACCGUGCAAAGCCCCACUGCCACCAGAUCUGAAUCCCUGUGCCAUGCAAGGCUCCACUGCUGCAAGCUGAGUCCCUGUGCCAUGCAAAGUCCCACUGCCACCAGAUCUGAAUCCCUGUGCCAUGCAAGGCUCCACUGCUGCAAGCUGAAUCCCUGUGCCAUGCAAAGCCCCACUGCCACCAGAUCUGAAUCCCUGUGCCAUGCAAGGCUCCACUGCUGUCUGCUGAGUCCCUGCACCGUGCAAAGCCCCACUGCCACCAGAUCUGAAUCCCUGUGCCAUGCAAGGCUCCACUGCUGCAAGCUGAAUCCCUGUGCUAUGCAAAGCCCCACUGCCACCAGAUCUGAAUCCCUGUGCCAUGCAAGGCUCCACUGCUGCAAGCUGAGUCCCUGUGCCAUGCAAAGCUCCACUGCCACCAGAUCUGAAUCCCUGUGCCAUGCAAGGCUUCACUCCUGUCUGCUGAAUCCCUGUGCCAUGCAAGGCUUCACUGCUAUCUGCUGAGUCCCUGCGCCGUGCAAAGCCCCACUGCCACCAGAUCUGAAUUCCUGUGCCAUGCAAGGCUCCACUGCUGCAAGCUGAGUCCCUGUGCCAUGCAAAGUCCCACUGCCACCAGAUCUGAAUCCCUGUGCCAUGCAAGGCUCCACUGCUGCAAGCUGAAUCCCUGUGCCAUGCAAAGCCCCACUGCCACCAGAUCUGAAUCCCUGUGCCAUGCAAGGCUCCACUGCUGCAAGCUGAAUCCCUGUGCCAUGCAAAGCCCCACUGCCACCAGAUCUGAAUCCCUGUGCCAUGCAAGGCUCCACUGCUGCAAGCUGAAUCCCUGUGCCAUGCAAAGCCCCACUGCCACCAGAUCUGAAUCCCUGUGCCACACACAGCUCCAUUGGUGCCAGCCCUGAGUCUCUGUGCCAUGCAAGGCCCCACUGCUCCAAUCCCUGUGCAAAGCUCCACUGCUGUCUGCUGUGCUGUGCAAGGGAUUCAGGCCUGUGUCACCCCCUCCUCAUACCCCUGAAGUGCUUCUGGAGGCACACAGGGCUGUGUCUCUCCUACUGGAAUGGGAGACGGGUGUCACACAGAGGCAGCCACCCCUUCAGCCACUCAAACAUCUCCAAACAAAACGCAGACCUCACAAUCAGCUUCAUCCCUUGCCCAUAGGGUAGAGCAGGAUCCUGACCCCACUGCUGUGUUUGCCAAGCCUCCCACCAUGACCUGAACCUCCAAGGAGAAGACAUGCUGUGAAGAUCUGACAGAUGAGACACCAAUAACCUGCACAGAACUGGGGCUCUAGUGAGACCCAGUCUGAGUCCAGCCAACUCCACGAUCAGGAAGGGUCCUAGCAGGGUUCGGAAUAGAAAACAGAAACACCCUGGAGCAGCCCAAGCCCUGUUGCACACAAGGAGAAGGGAUGAGGACGAGGAUGGAUGCCUGAGUGGCUUUGAACCCGCCUGAACAGGAUCUCGGAGCAGAUGACAGCAGCUCUGCUGGCUAGACAUGCUGAGCCUCGGCUCCUCUCCCCACCAUCCGCCAGUGUCCUUCCGCUUCCCAUGCUCCUCUCUCCAGCUUUGGAUGCAGAUUCAUCUUUUCAUGUGGUGCAAACACAGCAUUUCUUUGGGUGCCAAGGACUGCGUGUAACUUGUCGGCUUGGGAGUGUUUGCAUCUUGGACCAUAAGGGAACAGAGAAUGCUGCCCAAAAUGUUUAUGGUAUUUUUAGGCUGAGACAAAUCUGUUCGAUGCUGCGAGCUCCAGUAUGAGCAUCCUGGGGAGGCUGGGCAAGGUUGCAUCGACGAGCGAGGCAGGGAACCGUGGCUGUGAAAUGCAGCAACUGAGGUGCAUGAGGCCCUGCUGUUCCCAGGAUAAGGCUACAACCAGUGCCUCAAAUAACAUCCAGAAAGAGCAUUCUGAACAAUUAGGAAGGUCAACAGACAGCUGCUUGUUGGCUGCUCGGUGCUGAGGAGGAGCGCAGCGGACGUUGGUUCAAAGCGCUCACAAAGAGACGCUUCAGGGAGGUGGAAAAAAAAAACCAAAACAACCAAAGAACCCAAAAAAAAGCCAGAUUUUUUGAGCUAGGUUGUGGGAUUGCCUGGUUUUUUCUUGAUGAAAUCAAAGCCUGAGCUCACUGCCUGAGGUGGCUGCAUUGCACCGGAGGGCUUCAAAGGCACAAAUCGCAGGUCCAAGUGGCAGGAGAGGACGGUCUGCAGCAUCCUCGCCACGCAAGCCCCAAAGUGACUAACGGUUCCACCGGUGCUAAUUGAUGCCCGCCCAUAAUGUCAAUAAUUACCCAGGCAGCCCUCGCGUUUGUCUGAAUUUGCCCAUGCGUAAAGGGAGCUGCCCACACACAGCUUGCAGCUGCUGAGUGACACACGCGUGGUUCUGUCACAUCAUCGCCACGAUGCGGCUGGGGAGCUUAGCGAGCAUCCUGUGCUCCAGAACGGGACAUGGGAACGAGGAGGAUGCGGUGGGGAUGGCCGGAGUGGGGUGUCUGAGAACAAGGCUGCUGGUUUGGAGGGAGCUGUGGGGUCGCCAGCCUCAGCAAGGGCUGGAUGCUAUGCCCUCGUCAUCCCUGCCACAGAGCUGGGUCAGAUAGGAUUCACUAAAGGCAACUCCAUCAACCCAGUGGGAGGCAGGCUGUGCUUUGAGCAGAGGUCAGAGGAGAGGCACUCAAAGGCCUCCCCAGCCAAUGUCACUUGGUGUCAGCUGCUGCUGCCCUCCUGGAGCCCCACUGUGUACAAAUGACACAGUUCACAGGGCCGGCUGCAGCUCUGGGAGAUGCUUCCGAAACCCAACCUGAUUUACCAGGAAAAUACCCAAAAAGCCACCUCCAUUUCACAGCAGUAAACCAGCACGUCACUCCAGAUGGCUUCCAACAGCACCGAAAUUUGACCAACAGAUGCCAAAUCAGCCUGGAGGUCUCCUCGUUCCCUUCAGAUCCUGCUCAGCCUCCUCCCCGCCCCAGCCCUGCUACAGGGGGACGUGGAUGUG